AUGCCAGAUCAUGAUGUUAUCUCCCUGAGCUCCGACAUUCUGGAGCAUCGUCCGGUGAGAGGGUACAUAGACGGCUGCUUCGACAUUAUGCACAGCGGCCAUUACAAUGCCAUACGACAAGCUAAAGCUCAAUGUGACAUACUGGUUGUUGGCAUACACUCAGACAGUGUUAUAACCGACAGGAAGGCACCUCCUGUUAUGAAGCAGAGGGAAAGAUAUGAACUCUUGAAGCACAUCAAGUGGGUUGACGAGAUCCUCUAUGAUGCGUCUUAUGAUAUCGGCUUGAAAACUCUCGAGAAGGCGAGGGCCGACUUUUGCGUCCACGGCGAUGAUAUGCCGGUUGACUCGUCGGGUAAGGGUGUCUAUGACGAGCUCAGAGAUGCUGGCAAGCUUCGGAUCAUCAAGCGUACGGAGGGCGUCUCUACCACCGAUUUGAUUGGCCGAAUGUUACUCAUGACGAAGGACCAUCUGUGCAAGCCCAAUACUGACGAGAACAUUGAUCUCAACAAGCGGACUGGCACCUUGGUACGGAUGCUCACGACGACAAGACGGAUUGCCGAAUUCUCCUCAAGGCGGGCUCCAUCGGCAGAUGACACUGUCGUCUACGUUGAUGGAGCUUUUGAUAUGUUCAAUGUUGGACAUGCAACAACUCUCGAGAAGGCGAAAGCUCUCGGAACAUACUUAUUGGUGGGCAUCUUCGAUGAUGAAACAGUCAAUAAAAUGAAGGGUGGCAACUACCCUGUGAUGAACCUUCACGAGCGAGUAUUGAACGUGAGUGCAUGCAAGCAUGUCGAUGAAGUUAUAAUCGGCGCCCCUGUGGAGAUCAGUGAGGACCUGAUUAGGACUAUGAAUAUCAGUAUUGUUGCACAAGGCUCGAUAAGUUCGUUCUCUACGCAGUAUGAGAUUCUUGUGAGGCUGUUUGUAGUUCCAAAGCGUUUGGGUAUCCUCCGUGAAGUAGAGAGUGAUUACCCUCGCUUAACCGGAGCUACAAUCGCCACACGGAUCAUCAAGAAUUGCCUCACAUACAUUAAUCGUAAUAAGAAACGGAGCAAGAUCGAGAAUGAAUACUAUUGCAACAAGCAGCACAUCGCUGAGCAGUAG